GGCUCGCGAGCGCAAGAAGAGCUGGUCGGUAACGGAGGACCGAAUGCCAAUCUCAUUGAGAAAGCGCCUUUAUUGCGCGUGAGAGACGGGAGGGACAGACGUUUCUAGUGCUGCACUCACACACACACAUACACACACUCACUCACACACACAGACAAGACAGAGGAAGCUCUGGGGAACUCGGGGAAAGGGUGCAUUUUCGCCGCCUCAAGAGGAAGUUAAGGACAAAUCUCUCGCUAAAAUAAAGCUUAAAGAGGGGCACGCGGGAGUCGCCUUUGCGAGUAACUUGUGGAAUUUAUCAGGAAUUGUUUAUUUUUAUUUUUAAAAGGAGACUUGGCUUUGUUCUUCAACCGUUUAGAUUUCCUUUUGUCCGUUUAUUUUCAUCUCAUCAGCUGCCCUAAAACAACUGUCAUCCCCAGAAUUGCAGUAGCCCAUUGCAGCAGCAGCGGAUUGUGCGUGAAGAGACAGCAGCCUUUCCCGCGGACGAGUCAGGCACUUGCCUCCUUCACUUGCGUUUUUUGUGCUCUAUUUAUUAUUUAUACUCCAGCCUUCAUUUAUCCUGGGACUUUUUCUGCCUAUUUUGGGGCGUCGGUGGUGAUUUCUGUGGAAUAUGGUGGGGGAAAUGGAAACGAAAGAGAAGCCGAAGCCGACCCCAGAUUAUCUGAUGCAGCUCAUGAACGAUAAGAAACUGAUGAGCAGUUUGCCCAACUUCUGCGGGAUCUUCAACCACCUCGAACGGCUUCUCGAUGAAGAGAUCAGCAGGGUACGAAAGGACAUGUACAACGACACGUUAAACGGCAGCACGGAGAAGAGAAGCUCCGAGCUCCCGGACGCCGUCGGCCCCAUCGUUCAGCUCCAAGAGAAACUCUAUGUGCCUGUUAAGGAAUAUCCUGACUUUAAUUUCGUGGGCCGGAUACUAGGACCCCGGGGACUCACAGCCAAACAGCUGGAGGCAGAGACUGGAUGCAAGAUCAUGGUGAGAGGGAAAGGCUCCAUGAGGGACAAGAAGAAGGAGGAACAAAACCGAGGCAAGCCCAACUGGGAGCAUUUGAACGAGGACCUCCAUGUGCUCAUCACAGUGGAGGAUGCCCAAAACCGGGCUGAGAUCAAGCUCAAACGGGCAGUGGAGGAAGUCAACAAACUACUCGUGCCUGCGGCCGAAGGAGAGGACAGUCUGAAGAAGAUGCAGCUGAUGGAGCUGGCCAUUCUCAACGGCACCUACAGAGACGCCAAUAUCAAAUCACCUGCCCUUGCAUUCUCUCUUGCAGCGAGUGCCCAGGCACCUCGGAUCAUCACCGGCCCUGCACCUGUCCUGCCACCCACAGCCCUGCGCACACCUACGCCUGCGGGACCCACCAUCAUGCCUCUCAUCCGCCAGAUCCAGACCGUCAUGCCCAACGGCACGGCCCACCCUGCUACCGCCACCCUAGUGCCGCCCGGUCCAGAGUCGGGCUUGAUUUAUGCCACGCCCUAUGAGUACCCCUACACGCUGGCACCCGCCACCUCCAUCCUGGAGUAUCCCAUCGACUCCAGUGGGGUGUUAGGUGCUGUGGCAACUAAAGUACGAAGGCACGAACUGCGCGUCCAUCCUUACCAAAGGGUAGUGACCGCAGAAAGAGGUUAGUUUAGUUCAUGUGAUUGUGUUAACAUUACUAGUAGCUACUCACUGUUGGUCCUGAUCUGUUGUGAAGCAUGUGAAUUCAGUACUCUCUGGUUAAUAUGGUUUAACACACACAUACACACACACAUAUAUACAGUUGAAGUCAGAAUUAUUAGACCUCCUGUGAUUAGUUUUUUCAAGUAUUUCCCAAAUGAUGUUUAACACAGCAAAGAAAUUUUCACAGUAUUUCCUAUAAUAUUUUUUCUUCUGGAGAAAGUCUUAUUUGUUUUAUUUCAGCUAGAAUAAAAGCAGUUUUUAAUUUUUUAAACACCAUUUUAAAGUCAAUAUCAUUACCCCCUUAAGCAGUAUUUGUUUUCAGAUUGCCUACAGAACAAACCAUCAUCAUACAAUGACUUGCCUAAUUACCCUAAACUACCUAAUUACCUUAGUUAAGCCUUUAAAUGUCACUUUAAGCUGAAUACUAGUACCUUGAAGAAUAUCUAGUCAAAUAUUAUUUACUGUCAUAAUGGCAAAGAUAAAAGAAAUCAGUUAUUAAAACUAUUAUGAUUAGAAAUGUGUUCAGAAGAUGGGAAAGAAAUAUACAGGAGGGCUAAUAAUUCUGUCUUCAACCAUACACAAACACCUGCGCAGGUGGAGUGGUUGACUUGAUUCCAUUAUUUUGAUGACCUCAUGAUUUCAGCAUGAUGUUGAUGACAAAUAAUGGAGCUAUUCAUGUGAACACGGGCUUUAUUCGCCCCAUUACGCUUUCCAGUUUUAACAGUAAACAGGUUUUUUAUAUAUUGAAUAGGUUUCAUCAGGAAUUUUUCGUUUCCGAGCGAGCUGAAGUGAUCAUUGAUAAUUGCGUGUCAUGCCGAUGUGCAAAUAGAACGCCGUCGCCAUAGCAUUAAUGCGCGUUAACAUCUGUGCUCACUAUCAGCAGGUUAUAGGCCUUUCAAAACAAAGCAGAGACAAUAAUAGUAUGAAAAUCUUAGAGAUGGAAUGUUGUCAGUGUUAACAUACAGGUGAAGUCAGACUUAUUGAAUUCAUAGCCCCCCCCUUUAUAUCUUUUGGUCAAGAUUUUUUUCAAAGGAUUUCUAAACAUAAUAGUUUUAAUAACUCAAUUCUAAUAACUGAUUUAUUUUAUCUUUGCCAUGAUGACAGCACAUAAUAUAUUUUCAAGAUACUGGUAUUCAGCUUAAAGUCACAUUUAAAGGCUUAACUAGGUUGAUUAGGCAAGUUAAGGUCAUUAGGCAAGUCACUGUAUAACAGUUGUUUGUUCUGUAGACCAGUGUUUCCCAACCCUGUUCCUGGAGGCACACCAACAGUACAUAUUUUGGAUGUCUCCCUUUUCUGACCCAUUAACUUCAGGUGUUGGAGUCUCUUCUGAUGUUAUGAUGAGUUGAUUCAGGUGUGUUUGAUUAGGGAGAGGUUGAAAAUGUGUACUGUUGGUGUGCCUUCAGGAACAGGGUUGGGAAACACUGCUGUAGACUAUCGGAAAAAAAUAAU